GAUAUUCAUGAUAGUUUUAGCUUAACUUCAACAAUACAUUCACCUGAAAUAGUUUUUAUUUGUUCCUAUGAUCAUUGCACAUCUUGAUAUAUCUAUUGCGUACAUGGUGAACAUCAAUCUAUCAUAAUGAAGACAGGAACAACGAGCCUUCUCUCAAAGGCGGCCAAUCCAUCUCGAAUUUUAUAUUCCACACCAGCCAGCCGUCAUUGCACAUUGAAAAGAGAUGACCAUAAGCCAUCUCAAACACGGAGUCUUUCAACAAUACGCGCAUCGAGAGGAAGAUGUAGAUCUUCUCAGAAUGACCUAUCAUUGAACACAAUACAGCGACGAUCUUUUCAUGCAUCAACAAGGAACCAAGCUACGAAGAAUCCAUAUGAUGUUCUCGGAGUUGACAAUGGCGCUUCCGCUUCAGCUAUUAAGAAAGCAUAUUAUGGUCUUGCCAAAAAGUUCCAUCCAGACACCAAUAAAGAUCCAAAUGCUAAGGAUAAAUUUGCGGAAGCGCAAUCUGCCUAUGAACUUUUAACCGAUCCACAGAAAAAGGCAGCUUGGGAUCAGUAUGGAUCUGCAGCAUUCGACCAAGGAGCAGGACCCGGACCUGGUGCUGAUCCAUUCGGCGGUGCGGGGGGUUUUGGGGGUUUUGGGGGUGGAUCUGGUGGUUUCCCAGGUGGAGGAUUUGGAGCCGAUUUCAAUUUUGAAGAUUUGUUUAAAGGUUUCACUGGAGGCAAAAGGGGUAGAGGUGGUGGACGUAAUCCGUUUCAAGAAGAAAUACUUGUGGGAGACAGUAUUGAGGUUCAAACAAACAUCUCGUUCAUGGAAGCGGCAAAAGGGACCAGCAAAACCAUCAGCAUAUCUCCGUUAUCUACUUGUAAAACAUGUACUGGAAACGGUAUGAAAUCUGGGACGAAGCGAUCGGCGUGUAAGUCUUGUGGGGGAACCGGUACUCGCGUGCAUUCCAUGGGUGGUUUUCAAAUGGCUUCAACAUGUAGCGCCUGUGGUGGCCAAGGAAUGUCGAUUCCACCGGGAGGAGAAUGUAAGACAUGUUCUGGAAAUGGCGUUGUGCGUGAGCGGAAAACGAUCAACGUUGACAUACCAGGAGGUAUUGAGGAUGGUAUGCGAUUGAGGUUAGAUAGGGAAGGUGAUGCUCCAGCUACUGGUCAGGCUGCAAACCCCAAUAGCCCUUCACAACCUGGCGAUCUCUAUGUACUCGUUCGAGUAGCCACAGAUCCAAAAUUCAGUCGCUCUGGGUCCAACAUCCUGUACACCGCAACAAUCCCUUUUACAACUGCAUUACUUGGAGGUGAGGUAAAGAUACCGACCUUGGACGGAGAUGUCAGUGUUAAGGUGGCAACUGGAACCGGCACUGGAGACAAGAUUACUUUAGGGGGCAUGGGAAUGAAGAAGUUGGAAGGACGCAGAGGAGGAAAUGGCGACCUCAAAGUUGAAUUUAAGGUCAACAUGCCCAAAUACUUGAGUGCUAACCAGCGAACAAUUGUGGAAAUGCUUGCCGACGAGAUGGACGAUAAGACGGCGAAGCGUAUUAUGAAUGUUGGCCGUUCCUCAAGUUCUUCGUAAGUUCAGUGUCAUUGUUUUCAAUCCAGACACUGACGGAGACAGGUCAUCCUCCCCAUCAAAUACCGAAGAAAACAACAAGCAAGAAGGAUUUCUCAAAUCCGUCUGGCACAAAUUCACAGACGGUGCUAAUUUGCCAAAUGAAGGCGAUAAAGAAGACGACUCUAAGAAGAAAUGAAAGAAAUGACGAAACUCGCUGUAUAAUAAAAUGGCAAAGGUCUAGAAAUGCCACUCUGUAUAAAUGAUAAAGGGGUAAAAUGAAGGAGCAUGGCGUCUCCUGAUGGUAGGAAUGAUGGAUGGUUGUCAAUCUACGAAUGCAAAUCUUCUAGAAUGCCGUUUAGAAUAUAUCCAUGGCCCAUACAUAGUAUAAAAUGAAAUGAUAUCUCAACUCACAAAUGUGACAUGACUAACACA